UGAUUCCUUUCUGUCUUUCCAUAAAUAACAUAUUGUUCCCUUUUGUUCUUCAGUACCAGUAAUAUAAAGAAUAAUAGUAAUCAUCCAUCUAAACUAAAAUGGAAACAUCAUCAGUCUUUAGUUUGAUUACAACAACACCCUCAAUAUUUUCAUCAUUGAUAUUCACCAUACUGGCCUUGGUAUGUGGUACUUUAUGCUACUUUUAUCAACCAAUAUGGGGUGUUAGGAAAGUACCUGGCCCUCCUGCCAUUCCCUUUCUAGGACACUUGCCUUUGCUUGCUCAACAUGGUCCUGAUUUGUUCUCACUUCUUGCCAAGAAAUAUGGACCUAUCUACAGGUUUCAUAUGGGGAGACAACCACUAGUGAUUGUGGCUGAUCCAGAGCUAUGCAGAGAAGUUGGAAUCAAGAAGUUCAAAGACAUUCCCAAUAGAAGCAUCCCUUCUCCCAUUUUGGCUUCCCCACUUCACCAAAAAGGUCUUUUCUGGAUAAGGGACCCAAGAUGGUCAACUAUGAGAAACACUAUACUUUCAGUUUACCAACCAUCACAUUUAGCAAAAUUAGUCCCAAUGAUGCAAUCUUUUGUAGAAACCACAUCUCAAAAUCUCCCAUUGGAUGAUCAAGAUAUAAACUUUAACGAGUUAUCUCUCAAAAUGGCUACCGAUGUGAUUGGACAAGCCGCUUUUGGUUUUGAUUUUGGUCUUUCUAAGUCAAACAACCAUCAACACAGUGAUGAGCAAAUAGAUUCGUUUAUCAAGCAACACAUUUACUCCACAACGAUGCUCAAAAUGGACUUAUCGGGCUCAUUUUCUAUCAUCUUAGGCCUCCUUCUCCCUAUACUUCAAGAACCCUUUCGCCAAAUCCUUAAAAGAAUUCCAUACACCAUGGACUGGAAAAUUGAACGAACAAAUAUGACUUUGAGUUGUCAACUCGAUGACAUUGUGCUUAAGAAAACGGAAGACAAAGAAAGAGGGUCAAAAGAUUUCUUGUCAUUAAUAUUGAAUGCAAGAGAAAAAGAUUCAAACUCUGCGAGCUUAUUCACACCAGACUACAUCAGUAGCAUUACAUAUGAGCACCUCCUGGCUGGAUCAGCAACCACAUCAUUCACAUUGUCAUCUGUUGUGUAUCUUGUCUCUGGGCAUCCAGAAGUAGAAAAGAAGUUGCUUCAAGAGAUCGAUGCCUUUGGUCCGCAUGAUCAGGUUCCAACGGCCAAUGAUCUACAAUCAAAAUUUCAGUAUCUUGAUCAGGUGGUGAAAGAAGCAAUGAGGUUUUAUGUAGUUUCUCCUUUAGUAGCAAGGGAAACGCUACGAAAAGUGACGAUUGGAGGUUACGUUCUCCCAAAGGGAACAUGGGUAUGGUUAGCAAUUGGAGUUCUGGCAAAGGAUCCUGAGAAUUUUCCUGAGCCAGAAAAGUUCAAGCCCGAGAGAUUUGACCCAAACUGUGAUGAGGAAAAACAAAGACAUCCUUAUGCCAACAUACCCUUUGGUAUUGGGCCUCGAUCAUGCAUUGGUCAGAAGUUCUCACUGCAAGAGAUUAAGCUCACGUUGAUUCAUUUAUACCAAAGAUACAUAUUUCGACACUCACCCAAUAUGGAAAACCCUUUGGAGUUCGAAUUUGGCAUAGUUCUGAACUUUAAGUAUGGUGUAAAGGUUAGAGCCAUUAAACGAGCAUAAUGUUAGCGUCAUUUCUUUGUUGUAAUCUCUGUAGAAAUUUUAAAUAAUAGCACAUUUCAAUU